AUGUCGUCGAUAGCUACUGAUGAAGACAUUGUGGAUAGAUGGAUUGAAAUUGAUGAUUCAAUUAGUGUUCCCGAACAAACUCUUAACGAGAUCCUUGCCGAUAAAAUCUUAGAUUUGGAUGAGGAGAUUCUGAGUGGGUUAGAUGACGAGGAAUCGCUAUUCACGUCACCGCGACAGUCAAGUCCAAUAUCGUCUGUUUUUUCGUAUACAUUAGAUUCACCUCUUCAUAUCACUGAAUUAGAGUUCAUUACAUGUCAGUUGAAGACGCGGAGCGAUCGUAAUUCUGGAGGUCACGCUAGGGCACUGGCUGUUUCUGGUGCUAAUCUUGCUAUCGGAACAAGUCGUGGAGUAGUACUGAUCUUUGAUUAUGAAAAUCGAAGGUUGCUACAUUCGAUAACAGCAGACGGCUGCCCGGUAUCAUGUCUUGAUUUCAAUAAAACUAAUACGGUAUUGGCCAUUGGUUAUGGUUCCGGUUUAAUACGUACAUUCAGUGUUGUUACGGGUAAGAUAAUGGACGACGUCGGCGAUGUAAUACAGCCGGGACAAGGUGUACUACAAAUUCUUUUUUGUGCAAGUGACAGAAGACUUGCUUGCCUGGACAAUGGAGGUUCGGUUUAUGAACUAACAUUGCCAACAACGGUUCGAUCAUUGAAAACGCGCUGUGUUUUCUCGGGCUGUCAUGGAGAGGUAGUAUAUUUAAAAAUGUUGGACAACGAUCAUAUACUAGCUCUCUUAUCACUCAAGAAAUUGUUUUUAAUAAGCUUGAAGAAGAUGCAUUUGAUAUAUGCCACUUCAUUUAACGGACCCGCCAAUCGUCCGCCUUUGAUUGAUUGUCAGACAAUAAAUGUCAAAGAAACAUCACAAAACAAGGCUACUGCUUUCUGUGUGGGACGUGGUUCGAAAGUUGAAUUUUAUUAUUUAAGUUAUGCAUUGUCAAAUUUGCGAGUCAUACGUUAUCGAGUAUUAUCGUUGGAUUUCGACCUGAUAAAUCUGAAGUGGGUAGAACCAUGUUAUUUGGUCGUCGUAGAUGUUGAUGAAAGAAUUCAUAUGAUCGAUAUUGUACAGGGAGAUAUUGCAAUGGAAAAUAUUCGCGAUGUACAGCUAGCAUAUGCUACUGCUGAUUUCAAGGGCUUAUCUACUGGCGGUAAUGUAAGUGCUGCCUUGGAUUACAUGGCUAAUUGCGUGUGUUAUCAGUCCAUUUGUCGUGUUGAAAAUUUGAUAUUUCUUCUUGGCGAAUGUUCUGUUUAUAUGGUCUCAAUAAGCGAUCAAAUGGCGCAACUAGAGAACUUAAUUGACCGAGAACAGAUAGUACCAGCGAUUCUAUUUGCUCUUGACAUCAUUAUGGGUAGAGUAGCCAAUAAAACGAAACGACUGAAUUUAAAACAUUUCGUUUAUUCACGAAUUCCUACUCUUAUUCAAGCGUUGCUAGCUUUGACUAUAUCUGGUCUUGCGAAUGGAAAAAUAACACAACUCAUUGAUCACUAUAAAAAACAUAUCCAACUCCUUAUAAGAGCUUGUGUCAUGACUAAUCAGUUUGAUUUACUGUAUAGUACAGUGUACAGCUGUUUGGAAAAAGACACCCUUUCUAAGGCAAUAUUUUUUGAGUUCAUCGACGAAGUUGUAUUAGAUGGACGAUUGGAAGACCCACCUCCUGCACUGGUCUCUGAUUAUUUUCAUCAUUUGAUAUCAGAAGGCAAUUUAAACCAAUUUGAAGCAGCGGUAGUGCGUAUCUCAGUUGAGAAACAGGACAUUCAUUUCGUGAUGACCACUUGUAGAAAAAAUAGACUUUACGAUGGCGUUAUAUAUAUUUACAAUAAGGCAAUGUCAGAUUAUAUUGCGCCACUCGAGGAGAUAUUUGAUAAUUUGGCGGAACUUAUCGACUGUGAAGUGCUGUCAGAUUGCGAAAUAGCACUAGGGAAUAAAUUAUUAUUGUAUAUUCAAUGCUGCCUGACAGGCAGAGCCUAUCCAAUUGGAUCUUUGCCAGAGAAGAUUGCUGCAACUCUUCCUUUGCAAGUGUAUCGCUGCUUGGUUUCCUACAAAGGCAAGAAUGGCACGUCAGCCUCGGUUAUAUAUCCAUAUUUACGACUACUUAUCAAAUUUGAUGCUGUUCAGUUUUUUAACGUCAUAUUUACAUGUUCAGACAGUGAUAUUUUUAAUUCAAAAGAUGGGAGAUUGCAGAGAAUAACAGAGGUGAUAUAUCAAAUAAUUAGUUCGAUGGAUAGAAGCGCAGUGCUUUUUGUCAAUUAUUUCACUCUUGUUGCUUACCUUUUGCAGAAAAAAGUAAUUUUGCCAGCGCUUGGCACAAUUAACGAGUUAAUCGAAAUGGUACUAUCAUUUGGUGAGUCUAUUGAGCGGAUUGCAGAUGCUGAAAGAUCUGUUGUGGAUGUAAUGAGAAUUGUAAGUGGUCUCGAUGAGAUGAAGAUAUUGCGGCAAGCCAGAAAACUGCCUCACUUACAGGUCUGCUCACACAUUUAUAUAAACAGGCGGGAAUUCGUCAGUUUGGUGGAAUGUUAUUUGAGUAGCUCAGCGAAUGCAAGAUUCGCAAAAGUCGAUUAUAACCAGACAGCCGAAAUGAUUCUUGAUCACUUUAUAGAAUGGUUGUGCAGGGAAACUUUGGAAGACAAUGAUGCAUUAUUACUCUAUUAUUACUGCUUUCUAGCAAGACGUAAUCGUGGAUAUCGGACUUUAACAGAUUUUGAAGAACGUGAUGAACAGCUCUUGGUUCUUGCCGUAAGGGGAGCUGUAAUACAUAAAUUAUUUGAAAAUCUGGACACGCAAUUGAGCGAAUUUUUACGUUAUUGGCUGAAAAUAGCAUCAAGAACAGAUCAAUGUUUGAAUUAUACGGUGAAGCAUAAACUUAUUUUGUCAAGUGUUUUACUUCUGGAAGCUAGAAAACUUCUAGAUGGAGCUUUUGAAUUGCUUGAUUAUGAACUUGAAAAGACAUGGAUGGAAAACGCAGUGCUUUCAUCAAAAUAUAUUUAUGAGACAAUUCGUUUGGCUAAUAUUUAUCAUGAAGAAGCUCGACAAGGAAAUUGGCUGUUUAAAAUAUUAGAUAGAAUCCUUUCGCUUCCAGAAUCAGAGCUGCAAGAAGGAUCAGGUAUGAUGGUAGUAUUAAACAACGUAAUCGCUACAAUUCUGGAAAAUGGGAGUAGUGAUGCAGAACGUUUGGUUGAUGCCUUAUUUACUCAUCCAAUAUUUCGAUGUUCAACAUAUGCAAAAUUCCGUUCACUGAUAACAUUCAUGUUUGCAUCGUGUCGCUAUGAACAUGUACUCCUAAAAGAAACUGUAUUAUGCAUCGAGGAAGAAACUACACAAAUUUGUGGCCAUAUGGUUCAUAUGGAAUGCGAUUCUGAGAACAGUUCGCAUUAUUGUCCAUGUCAGACAAACACCUUCAGUUGUAAUACUGCAAACAACUUGAGUUACAAACGCAGUCAAGUGAUUCGAAAACCAGUGACAGUUGAUAUCUUUUCAGAAGAAUCUUUGAGGUUACUGUUGGGGCCAAAUAGACGAGAGUCUUAG